CGAGGGAUGGAGGGGAUGGAGGCGGCGGCCGAAUCAGCGGGCGGCAGUCCUCAAGGGCCCAAGACAGCAAACAGACCAGCCAGCCCCUUGAAAGUGACAGCUAUGGAAAGAAGUGGCCUUGAGCAGCAGCCAGAUAAUGGACAACUUCCAAGGUCCUGGCUGUGCCCUUGGGAGAACAGAACACCCAGCAUGAUGGCCCCCCAGCCUCCCAGGGCAUGGAGGGUGCAGCUCCCAGGCCCCUCUGUGCUGGAGUUCAAAGUGAGGGCCUUGAAGGAGAAGAGGACAGUGGGCAAGCACGAGGAGAGUCCUGGCCCCAACUCUCACGAGCGGCCAUCCUCCAAGAAACCCAAAUGUAGACGAGCCAAGGAAGGUGUAACCAGGGCUCUGGCAGAGGUGUCUUUGCCGACAGAUGCAUUGGAGGAACCCCAUGCUCAGAACCUGCCUGUUAAUGAUGAAGAGCCUGCCAUGAAUGAGUGUCCCAGGCCCCCCAGACCUCCUGCCCCUGGGGUGGAGUGCUGGCGUGGGAGGAGCCGGUGGCCUCCGGAAGCAGCAUGGGCACUGCCUGACCAGGAGAGAAGGCUACUGCCAGGGCCCUGCUCUCUCCAAGUGAGUCACAACCACAGAGCUGCUCUGAGCCAGCCUGGGCACACUGGGCCUUGUAACAAAAUCACCCACAUACCCAACCUAAAAAAAGAGAGGUCAGUUCCCCUUCGAGAUGGUCUGGCCACAGGGGGAGAGCAGGACAGUGCCUCCCUGACCUCUGAAGAAGACUUUGUCCCCAGGACACCCCUGCUGGGGGCGCUCUGGAGAGCUGGAGAGCUGGGAGCCCUGGGCACUGGGAGCAGUUUGUUGUCCCUGUCUGAUCGAGUGGAGAGAAACCGCUGUCUGCUGCAGGGGAUGCUGAGUGUCUCGGGGCAGUGUCCCCCUAAGGCGGGGAUCCUUGCCUGGACUUCAUCCUGGGACAGAGCUGCACCAGAUCAGCUAGCAGGGGACGUGGACUGGGACUCCAGCAUUUCCCUGCAGGAUUCAAAUCAGAACAGAACCUUUGGUGGCAAGCCAGGGCCUGUGCUGAGUCCCAGGCAUGCGGAAGCCAAGCAUCUGCUGCAUCAUGCCCGGAUGAAGGCCAGGACCCGACCCCUCCGGGCCAGUCACGACAUCAUGCCCACCAUUGCCCCGGGCAGCCGAGACAGCCGGAGGAGCCCAGCUCUGGACCCAAGGAUGACCUUUCCCAGCAGAGACAGCCCCCAGAACGGGAACCUGAGUGACUCCUCCAGCGGGGAGUCCAGCAGUGGGCUGUGGUCCAAGCGGGGCGCUUCCCCAACGUCCCAUGUCCGCUUUGAGGAUGAGUCUGCCCACGAUGUCGAGUUCCGCUACCUGGAGCGGUUACAGCAGCGCCAGCGCCAGGGACUGAACUCCACGUCUUUGCAGGCGGUAGACCAGGGCCCCUUGCGUUCCAAGCCCGACUUUACAAACUAUAUCAGCAGGGGUGGAAAGUGUCGGGACGCCAGGGAAGGAGCACUCCACAGGCUAGCUGGAGGACCGCAGCGGGAGGGCCUCCCACCGCCACCCACACCUGACAUGGAGAGGAAAUGCCAAACCUGCGACAUCUCUAUCCCGCAACAAUGCCCUCUGGAGGGGAAGGCACCCCCUGACCCAAGGGUCCUCUGGGAGCUCGAAGCUGUUGGUGGGGUGGAAGGAGUGCUGUGGAAGCACCAUCAAUCUAGGGGCCUGAGCCCCCCUGUCAGGCUCCUACUUGCUGAGCCGGAACUCCACACAGAGCGGGUCUGCGAAACGCACAUCGGAGAUAUCCUGCGCCCAGAAGAGGUGGACUCUGCCCUGGAUAGCACUGACACUUCCGACAGCUGCAGGACUGACAGUGAAGACUCUGGCGUCUCUCAGCCCAGCAGGACGGUGGCCCAAGCCCGGAACUCCAGGUCUACAGGGGGCCACAGUUGGCUCAGGAAAGUGGAGCAGCCCCCGGGCCUUCAGGACCAGCAUCACCUGACUGGGGUUGACCCUGUGGAGGCAAUAGAUGAGUCGAAAGACGGCAGAGAACACACACCAGCAGGGACUGUGUUUUCCAGAGAAGAUGCUGUGCUGAAGCCUCCUGCCCUGGAACCUAAAAGUUCUUCCCUGGACUCCCAGUGCCAGCCAGACCCCAGACUAGGAAGCUGUUGGACUCACCUGGUGGGUUCUGGAGCUCCAGAAAGGACAGCUGGUGCCUCAUCCAUGAAGUUCCGGUUGAUGCGGCCAGGCAGACAAGCCCAGUUUAUUGAAAGCCAUGAAUCUCUGGAAGCUGCCUCCACUUCCUCCCUGCAGCGGAGCCAGAUAGAGCCCUCUGCCCCCUACCAUGCCCUGCUGCCAUCUGCUUCCCUCUUCUCGGAGGGCUGGGUGCCAGUUCCUCCCUCUUCAAGGAAAACAACCUCUUCACCUGUGCCUCACAGGAAGGCAGUCCUGAUUGGGUCCCACAGGCUGGUUGACCAGGGAGACUCCGGGGAUACUUCCCAUACUCCUUCAGAAAGUGUGGUUCCCAGGACCUGUGAGCUCAGCCCUCUGCAGACUCAGCCAUGCAGCCCCCAAGUAAGACACCCACUGCUGAUUCUGUCCACCAACAACUGCAAUAACAGUGAGUCUCAGGAGCCCUGGAGAGAAGCCACCCCUGAAAGUGAUGUGCAGAAGGAACCCUGCAAACAGGAGCCAGAACUGCCCUUGGAAAAUAGCAGGGAAGGAGGACCCCAGGGCUUUCCCGGCCCAACAGGCGUUGGCACCGUCAGCUCCACGGGUACCACCCUUUCCUUGGCUGCAGAGGAGCCAGAGCCCAGUCAGGAGCCAAAGGGAGGCCUGCAGAGGACAGAGCCCAGGUCUGGAGGGCAUGAGCCAUCGGGAGCCUCACCAGGGGUCACUGUAGGACCCAGCCCACCCUCAGCUACCCCUUCUGAAAGGAACAAGAAAAACAGCAGCAGCAUUGCCUCCAUCCUGGGGUUGAAAAAAUUCUUCAUGACCCUGGGCCAGAGUACUCGACCCAAGCUGGGCAAGUCCCGUAGCUACAGUGUGGAGCAGCUGCAGUCCCCUGCAUCCGGUCCGGCUUCACGUGCCAGCACUCCCAAAGCGAAGAGAGCCCCAUCGUUACAGUCCCUGCAUUUGGUGUCACCCUCUUGCCAACGUCGGAAAGCUGCCUCCUUUCAGAACCUCCACUCUCUGCUGAGCAACAAGGUGGACCGUUCCAGCCUCUACUUGGUAGGGGAGCCAGGGGACCACAGCGCAACUGGCAGGUCAGCCAAGUCCCAGCCCCGGCGUGCCCUCAGCGUGGAGGAUGUGGGUGCCCCCAGCCUGGCCCGCACUGUAGGCCGUGUGGUGGAGGUGUUUCCGGAUGGCACGAGCCAGUUGCAGCUAAGGAGGUCACCGGAGGGCACUUUUGGCUUCUGUGUGGCCUCUGGGAAUGGGCGCCGGGACUCAGGUAUGCCCCCUUCCCUCCUGAGCCCCCCAUCCCUGGGGCCUUAG